AAAAAACAUACUGUGAUUGACUUGGUGUGGAAUAUCAACUCUUGAAUGCUUCUCUCUAUAUCUGAUAUUGACAAUGAUUGAUUGACGUUGAAUGCGAUGCUUCAUUAUUGGCUGGCGAGUCGAUCGCCCAGAGAUCGCCCAGCCCUUGGCACUAGCUUGGCGAUAACCUCGCUGGCUGUGGAUAUCAAUCAUCUCAGAAAACACCACAGACGCUCACAAAUUGUUUCGCGAAAUAAGCUUAAAAGCCCCACAUGCGCACAGGACAUUGCGCUCUCACGUUGUUGAGAAGAAUCCCCGAACUCCCCGAGGCUGGCAAAAUGAAGCAAAAACAGAGCAAUAGGCAAAUGGUGGAACGCUUUACGUGAGAGAAUGACAAGACGAUACGAUAUGGCAUCAAUUUCACGACCCGAAGCAAAGCCCGACGAGCCGCAAUUCAUUUCUCCUAGCCUAAAUGACGCCUUUUAGGGAUUCGAUGAUGCAACAGCAGGGUCUAAAGUAAAGGACCAAGACGGGAAUGGCACCACUCUUAUUUCCAUCGAGAGGGGGUAAACGCUCCGGACCCUCGGGACAUGGUUCGUUGGUUAAGGCAAACUUCAAGCCCGUUGCCAUUUUUGGUUUCCUUUGACACUAGCGAUUGCAUCAUUCCUGGAGACUCAGCCAUUCUUGAUCAUCUCCCCGUGAGCAACGGUGAUGGAUAAUAAGGCUCAACGGCUAUCGAAAGAUAGCACGAACGAAACAUUUAGGGACUUUUCAUCAAGGAAAGGGUUCACAAGCAUCACCCUCUGAUGAAUCGACAUCGAUGUGACGUUGGGCCUGCAUAAGCCUGCAGCGAAGAUCAGAACCUCAAUUGCUUCUUUUUGGUCUGGUUCAAGCACCCUUCUCUCUUGAGCUCAGAUCAAUGUUAUCACAGCUGACCACAAUCACAUCCGAUCAUCCACCUGGUCAACGCCUCAUCAAUAGUUGAUUAUUGCUCAGUAUCCGGCCGAAUUGCGUGCGAUCUAUCAGUACCAACUUGCAGUAACAGGCUUGCAAAGUCGGACUCGCCUCCAUGGCUCAUGUACGUAAAAGCUACGUUACGCAUGCACCACAGCUAAAGACCCCACGUAUUGGAAGACAGUGAUCCAGUCAGGAAUGUUGAAAUCACCUUGUUUUGAGCCCCUGCCAGGCAGCAGGGAAUACAUCUGGGAUCGACCUGACGGAGAUUCCGGUGGAUUUGCAGUUUGGAAGAUGAUGCGACCCAAAUGGGCCUUUACUGGCUGACGUGCAGCUUCAGUCUGGGUCGUCGGGGUUGUUAGAGGUCUGAUACGGAUGUUCGGCACAUGGCGUGGACCGGGUGGGGCACCGUUCGCCGCUCCGGAUAGAUUUGCGGCCUAUGGCUUCACUUCAUUUGUCUGCUCAUAUCUAAUGUUGGUAGGCAUUUGGCGACACUCCGGUGCGUGGAACAUAUGAUCCAUCGUGAGUGGUGUGCUGUGUUGCAGUUUGUCGUUAAUUGCUAUCCUAGCGUGAGCUUUGAUAGAUGAGAGGGCCAAAGAGGAUCGAUAUGGGCGACGUCCGAGAGGCUCGAUGAAGAGACUGACGACUAAAAGACCCCAUUUCUAGUUUAGUAGUGAGCUUCUACUCCGAGUAUGGAAGCAGGCUCUGAACCUUGUUUGUGUGACCAACAGCCAAGUUGGUAGGGAUCGUAGGAUCGCAACCUUGGUAUGGGAUUAUGCCUGGGAGUUGAGAUCUUCUCGCCCUCUUUAAAUGCAGCUCGUUUCCUAGCAUUUUCUUUCGCUCACACCUAGCACUCGCCGAGUUUGUGAUUUGUGCCUGGCCCACCUUUCUUCUUUUGUUCUUGUUGCGAUACCGUAACACCUUGAACCUGGUCAGCAUCGUGGUGUUUCAAUUCAACACAACACACCUACAGUCCUGACAAGCUCACACUCUCCUCUUACGCUGUCAUAAUGGCCGAAAAGACAUCUCUCGGUUCUGGAGGCGGAAGCCCUGACCCAGAACGUCGCCAAUCUCAACUCCAAACUCCUUCGUCACGAUGGGCGUCUCUGUUUGGUGGCGAGGGUGUCACUGCCGGACCUCGAAUCGCUCAAUUGCCCGAAUUUGUGAGGCGUGAUCUUUCAGACUCCGAGGAUUCAAGUUCUGCCAUUCUCAAUAAACAGCUGGCUGCCGAGCAGGGAGAACAAAUCCAGUACCGCACUUGUUCAUGGCAGAAGACUGCUGGUCUGCUUUUCAGCGAGUACAUUUGUCUUGCCAUUAUGAGUUUCCCUUGGUCGUACAGUGUUCUCGGAUUGGUGCCUGGUAUUAUCCUGACGAUUAUUGUUGCUCUCAUCGUUCUUUACACCAGUCUCGUUCUCUGGGAAUUCUGCCUCCGCCACCCAGAGAUGCGCGAUGUUUGCGAUAUUGGACAGAUGCUAUUUUGGGACAAGAAGUGGGCUUGGUGGGCAACUGCUGUGUGCUUCAUUCUCAACAACACCUUCAUUCAAGGUCUUCACGUUUUGGUUGGUGCCAAGUACCUCAACACCAUGACCGAAGCCGAUGAUGUUGGUAGCUGCCGGACCGUUAUGUUUUCGGUCAUUGUUGCUGUCAUCAGCUGGAUUUGCUCCCUGCCCAGGACGUUCGACAUGAUGGCCAAGCUCGGAACAGCAUCGGCUUUCUUCACAUUCAUUUCCGUUCUGCUUGCUGCCAUCUUUGCCGGUAUUCAGGAUCACCCAUUUGGAUACGAUCCUGCGAAGCUGGGCGAGCCUAUUGUUACAGCUAUCCCUGUUAAGGGCACGACCUUUGUCAACGGAAUGUCCGCUUUUCUCAACAUCAGCUACACCUUUAUCGGCCAGAUUACCCUGCCCAGCUUCAUUGCAGAGAUGCGAGAUCCCCGGGACUUCCCCAAGGCUCUGUGGGCGUGUACGAUUGCUGAGAUCAUCGUCUUCAGUCUCGUUGGAGCCAUCGUAUAUGCUUAUACCGGCAACCAGUAUGUCACCGCGCCGGCUUUUGGUUCGCUCGAGAAUGUGUACAAGAAGGCGGCCUUCUCGUUCAUGAUUCCUACCAUCAUCUUCCUUGGCACCCUCUAUGCCUCAGUAUCGGCUCGCUUCGUCUUUUUCCGACUCUUCCGAAACUCCAAGCACUUGAAUAGUCACACUCUUGUUGGUUGGGGAUCUUGGAGUGGAAUUCUUCUUGUGACCUGGAUCUUUGCUUUCAUCAUCGCCAUGGUCAUCCCUUUCUUUAACUCUCUGCUUUCCGUUAUGUCGUCUCUCUUCGAUAGUUGGUUUGGCUUCAUUUUCUGGGGAGUUGCCUAUUUCCGAAUGCGCAAAGCCGAUAAGGAGAUUGGUCGACGACAUGGCAAGAUCGCUGAUCUUACUGGAAACAUUGUUAACCUCAUCUUGAUUGCGAUUGGUAUCAUGUUCCUUACUGUUGGUACAUAUGCCAGUGUACAGGGCAUUAUCGACCAGUACGAGGCUGGUACCGUGGCUGGUGUAUUCUCUUGUGCGUCCAACGGUCUUUAAAAUGAAGAAGAGAGAAGGGAGAAGUUGUAGAGAAAUAAGUUAUGCAAUGAUACCCGAGCUGGAACAAUACACGCGGAGUUGGUUUUUCUUGAUCGAGACGAUCGUAUGCUGCUUUCAGCCACGAUCGGUCCCGUUACGGAGUACACGAAGUUGUAGAAUUGGAUCCAUCAUGAUGAAUCAUUGAAGUAGAAGUUGACGUGUUGUAGAUGUUGAAGUAGAGUUGAAGUGGAGGCUGAGGCUCUGCCGGAGCUGAACCUUAGCUUGACACCCACGCCAACCAGUUCUCGCCAAGAACGCCUAGAGCUUGUUGUCACAUGCUCUUUAUUCAUCUGAUGCAUUUCCUUUAA